UUCAUUCAAGACCUUGACGAGCGCAGCUCAGUAAUUCAGCACCACAGUCUAGUGAACAGCGCACAACGCAGGGCACAACGAAGGACAGCGAAUGCCAGUGGAUGGAUUCAACCAGUGGCACAAUAUUUCCACACUUUAUAUUCUAACUAAAGUAAUAUUUCAGAGCAAAACUUCGUUGGAUAAAGCUUUUCUCCACUCUCCGCUCGCGUGAUGCUGGUGUAGGCAAAAAGUGCUCUUUGGGAUGACUGUCUGCGCCGGGCACCUGGGUCUAGAUAGGCGUUAGGAGUGGUGUGGAGCUGCGGAAGAGCCCCUCCAUUCAGAAGGAUGCUGGUGGGAAAUGCCUGGAGACAGAGAGGACGAGAUUUGUCGAAAGGCUCUGGAACUGCUGUCGGAUCUAUGUUCUAGGGGCGAAGUGCAAAACGACAAUUGUGUGGAUUUCAUAUACUAUUUUCGAGAUCUUGCCAGACCGAGAUACUCAGACUCAGAUGUGUCAGUGAGCCUGCUGUCACUGUUGGUGACCACCUGUGGCCUGGCCCUUUUCGGGGUCUCACUCUUCUUCUCAUGGAAGCUGUGCUGGGUGCCAUGGUGCGACUGUGGCCUUCCCGAGGGCUUGAAGGAUGGCCACGGGGACCAGCAACCAGUCCUGAUGGAGAUGGAUGGGGUGGAGAAUGAGUACAGCGAGGACUGUGUCAAGGAGCCCUCAGGCCUUUUAGCCCCAGAGUCAGCCAUGAAGAUCAGCCACACGUCCCCAGACAUCCCCCUGGAGGUCCAGUCCAAGCCCAAGGAAAACCACGUCAGCCAUAUCGCCCGCGUGCAGCGCCAGAUCACAGAGCCCACCUCCUCUGUCCGGCACAACUCCUUCCGCCGCCAGAUGAACCUGUCCAACCCAGACUUCAACACGGGCCAGUUCCAGAGACAGGAGUCCCUGGCCACUCUGGGCCGGAUCAAACCUGAGCUCUAUAAGCAGCACUCUGUGGACACGGACGACGGCAGGAGGGCUGACAGCUGCGGCCGGAUACACUUCAUCCUCAAGUUUGACUGUGACCUGGAGCAGCUCAUCAUCAAGAUCCACAAAGCCCAGGACUUACCGGCCAAGGACUUCACCGGAACCUCUGACCCUUAUAUCAAAAUCUACCUGCUCCCCGACCGCAAGACCAAGCACCAGACUAAGGUGCACCGCAAGACCCUCAACCCCGUGUUCGAUGAGGUCUUCCUGUUCCCUGUGGCCUACGCUGAGCUGCCCACGCGCAAACUGCACUUCAGCGUCUACGACUUUGACCGCUUCUCCCGCCAUGACAUCAUUGGCCAGGUGGUGGUGGAUAACUUCCUGGACCUAGCAGACUUCCCCAGAGAGACUAAACUCUGUAGGGACAUCCAGUACGUCACCACGGACAAUGUGGACUUGGGCGAUCUCAUGUUCUCCCUCUGUUACCUACCAACGGCUGGAAGGCUGACCAUCACAAUGAUCAAGGCUAGGAACCUCAAAGCCAUGGACAUCACUGGAGCCUCAGAUCCCUAUGUGAAGGUGUCUUUAAUGUGUGAGGGACGGAGAUUGAAGAAGAGGAAAACAUCCACCAAGCGAAACACUCUGAAUCCUGUCUACAACGAAGCCAUAGUAUUUGAUGUACCUCCCGAGAACAUUGAUCAGAUCAGUCUCCUAAUAGCAGUGAUGGACUACGAUCGUGUAGGUCACAACGAGAUCAUUGGAGUGUGUAGGGUGGGCAACGAGGCGGAGAGCCUGGGUCGUUGCCACUGGAACGAGAUGUUGUCAUACCCCCGCAAGCCCAUCGCCCACUGGCACCCCCUAGUAGAGUGGGUGGGCCAGGGGACUGCAGGUGGAAGUCAGGGCGGUUCCACCAACUCUCUGAAGACUCCUCCCUCACCAUGAUUAUUAUUAUUAUUAUUAUUAUUAUUAUUAUUAUUAUUAUUAUUAUGAUGAGGAGAACACAGGGUGGUGAAGAAGAGGAACAGCAGAGAGCCUCAGCAUCAAAAGAGGAGGAGAGAGCAUUAAGCUGAUGGUAGAUGUUACACUCGGUUUCCCAGACACAGAUUAAGCUUAGUCCUGGACUAAAAAACAUGCUAAAUAGAGAAUCUCCAUUUAAAAGUGAUUUUGAUCCAGAACCAGGCUUAAACCAUGUCUGGGAAACCAGCCCUAUGUGCUCCCACUGCUGAGUCUGUGACAUUCUUGCAUGGGGGACCAUGUUUAGUCAACUGCAUGUCCAGUGGCCAUUCAUUAGUACUAUUUGUUUAAAAAACAACUGGGAAAAAAAGAAAAGUGUUCCAGUUUCAGUUGGGAGGUAACUGUAUAGUCUUGUUUAUGUCUUGUUUUAUCACACAUUGUUACAAUUCAUUGAUAUUUGUUCUUUGGGUACUGUGCAUGGGUUCUUUUUUUCUGUAAUAUUGUCAUUUCUAAUGCUCUUUGGUUGAUUACAUGUGAGAUACUAGCAUACUGUAAACACAAAAUGUACCAUGAAACUAAGACCUAGUAUGUAAAUUGUCCAUUCAGAUGUUACUAAAUAAAUAUUUAUAUAGUAGUUCCAGUGA